AUGAUUCGGCUGUCUUCGGGGGCUGUCUUAGAUUUUGUUGCUGCUGCUGCAGCAGCAGGCAAGCAGCAGCUGCUGUACAUACACCGGGCUGCUGCGUUGCUGCAGCAGGAGGAUAGCUUGCUGCUGCUGAGCAGGGGCCUGGAUGCAGAUGGCGUGCUGCUGCAGCUCUUAUCGCUGCUGCAGCAGCGGGAGAAAACCGACAGCAGCAGCACCGGCUCGCAGCAGCAGCAAGAGCAGCAGCAGCAGCAGCAGCAGGAUCAGGAGCAGCAAAACGGUGGCGGCGGCAUCUUUGGCUCCUUAUCUUCUCCUGAGCAACCCGACUCUGAGCAGCAGCAGCAGCAGCAGCAGCAGGAGCAGCAGCAGCAGCAGCAGCAGGAACGGAGGCGGCCUUUGUACAGUGCUGCGUGGCCUCGGUUAGUGCUUGUGCUGGGUCUUGCUGCAGCAGAGCAUGCAGCAGUUCGUCUGCUGCAGCGGCGGCAGCACCGACAGCAGCGUCGGCUGCUGCAGGUUGCUGCUGCUGCUGCGAAGGCGCGUAUGAAGAGCAGCAGCAAUGACGAAGCAGCAGCAGCAGCAGCAGCAGCAGAGGUAGCAGCAGCAACAGCCGCAUUGGAUGAUUUGGAGCGGCAGCAGCGUGCAGAGGAGCUGCGUCUUGCAUGCAGCAGCAGCAGCAGCAGCAGCAGUGGAGAAGCAGCAGCAGCAGCAACAACGUGGCAGCUGCGGCAGCAAAUGUAUGUUGGGGGCGGCUGUUUCUGCUGCCCUGCUGCUGUCGUUGCUUCGGACCUCCUCACCGGCCGCCUGCCCCCGGAAGUUGUCGACUGCAUCAUCUUCGCUCGCGCUGAGCGGGUCAGCAGCGGCUUUCAUGAAGCCUUCGUCUGCCGGGUGUAUAGACAGCGCAACAGGAUUGGGGGCCUGAAGGCGAUAAGCGAUAGACCCCACCACUUUGCUGCCAGCCGCAGCAGCAGCAGCUGCAGCAGCAGCAGCUGCAACCUCACCCAGACCCUCAAGCUGCUGCAGCUAAAGAAAGGACCUUCUCAGCCGCAGACAUGUGAAGUUUGUUUGCCCCCUUCUCCGCUGCAGCUGGAGAUGCAGCAGGCGUUGCUGCUGCUGCUGCAGCGGGGGCUGCAGCAGCUAAAGAAGUGCCGCCCGGGGCUGCUGCAGGACUGGGAGGUGUCUUCGCUCUUUCGGGGGCCAGCUCCUCCUCCCCCCCCAGACGAGCAGCAGCUGCAGCAGCAGCAGCAGCAGCAACAACAGCAGCAGCAGCAGCAGCAGCAGCAGCAGCAAAGGGCACCCGUCGGUGGCUCCCUAAGGAGAGCUUUGCAUUCUGUAUGGCAUCAGCUAGACCCCAAGACGAAGGCGCUUGUUGCUGACUUGGGUGAGCUUCGUCGUCUGGUGUUUUUGUUGUGGCGGCUGAAUUGCGUUUCUUUUUUAUCUUAUUUGGAGUCUCUCAUCAGCAGCAAAGUAAUCGAUGAGGCCUGGGGGCACACCACCGAGCUCCAGGUCAUCCUAAGAAGAGCCAAACAAAGAGUCUACACAACGAAGCGGGUCUGCGUCAGGGGCCCUGCUGCUGCUGGCAGCAGCCCAGCAGCAGAAGGCUUCUACACUGUUGGUGGCAGCGCAGCGAAGCAGCAGCGGACGGACGCAACAGGGGCAGCAGUAACGGCAGGAACUGCAGCAGCAGCAGCAGCAAAACGGGGAGACAGCAGCAGAUUACGAUCCAGACGAUCCGUCCUCAAGCUGCAAAACGGGGAGACAGCAGCAGAUUACGAUCCAGACGAUCCGUCCUCAAGCUGCAAUUACGAUCCAGACGAUCCGUCCUCAAGCUGCAUCUGCAUCGGCAGCAGCAGCAGCAACCAGCAGCAGCAGCAGGUUGAUGACGACGUGUAUCAGGCGCUGCUGCGAGAGCAGCACCGGCCUGCUGCUGCUGCUGCUGCUGCUGCUCCUGCUGCUGCUGCUGCUGCUGCUCCUGCUGCUGCUGCUGUUACUGCUGCAUCGGAAGCUCCUCAGCAGCAGCAGCAAAACGGGGAGACAGCAGCAGAUUACGAUCCAGACGAUCCGUCCUCAAGCUGCAUCAGCAGCAGCAGCAAAACGGGGAGACAGCAGCAGAUUACGAUCCAGACGAUCCGUCCUCAAGCUGCAUCUGCAUCGGCAGCAGCAGCAGCAACGACAGCGACAGCAGCAGCAACAGCAACAGCAGCGGCGGCUACAGCAGCCAGGACAGCGACAGCAGCAGCAGCAGCAUCAGCAUCCGCAGCAGCAACAGCAGCUGCAACAAAGAAGCAGCUAGCAGCACAGAUCAGGGGGGGCCUGAGGGGGGGCCCCUGGGGGCAGAGCAGCUACGUCCGCGGCCUUGCUGCUGGGGGUUGGCCUGCUGCUGCUGCUGGUGCUGCUGCUGGUGCUGCUGCUGUCUAUGGAGCAGCAGCAGAUGCAGCAGAUAAGCGCAGCAGCAGCGGGUUAAGCAGCAGCAGAAGAGCAGAGCAGCAGCUGCUGCAGCAGGCCCUGAGAAUCGAAGAGAUGAUGGGUGGGUCCCCCACUGGGCUGCAAGCUGCAGCAGCAACAGCUGCUGCUGCUGCUGCUGUUGCUGCUGCUGACCCAGAGGGGCCCAGUGACCGACAGCUAUGGAGAGCUCUGCGGUGGAGAACUAAAGGGCUGAGGGUGCGGCCUCUACCCCGCGUGGUGAGCGCUUCGGAUGGCAACGCUGCUGUCGCUGUCGUGCUGCAGCAGCACCAGCCGCAUGCAGUUGUGCUGCUGCCGCCGCUGCUGCCUUGUGUGCGUCUGCUGGAGGGGUAUUGUGCUUCUGUUUAUCAGCAGCAGCAGAUCAACCAGCUUCUUGCUGCUGCUGCUGCUGCUCCUCCUGCUGCUGCUGCUCCUGCUGCUGCCGCUGCCCCACCGGAUGCUGCAGACGGCCAAACCGCAGCAACAACUGCAGCAGGCCCCAGCGUAGUUGAAUCAGCAGCUGCAGCACAAGCAGCACAAACAGAAGCAGCAGGAGCAGCAGGAGCAGCAGCAGCAGCAACAGCAGCAGCAGCGAAGAAGCGUUGCGCUCGCGUGCUGAAGUUGCUGCAGCAGCAGCGGCUCGUGGGCCCGCUGCUUCGUGUGUAUCUUCUUGCUGCUGCUGACAGUUUGCUGCUGCAGCAGUACGUGCACUCUGUGCAGGAGGAAGCAGCAGCAUGGAAGCAGAUAGAGUUUUCAUCGCAGCACUUGCUGCUGGUUACUGAUGACCUGCUGCUGCUCGCCCCCCACAGGCUGAUGCGGGAGCAGCUGCUGCAGCAGCUGCAGCCGUGGGGCCCAGAGCGGCUGCGUGCUGCGCUGCAGGUUGCAGCGCAGCAGCACAGCAGCAGCAGCAGCAGCAGCAGCAAGACAGCAGCAGAAGUACAAGCAGCGAAAGCUUCUUUGUUGCUGCAGCUGCGUGCUGUGGGGCAAGAGCUGCUGCCGAUGGUUGUUGUCGAUGCGAGAGAGAUGCGCUGCUCUCUUCCUUAUGAGCUCUUCCGCUCUCAGGUGCAUGUACACCCCACCACCAUCACAGUGGGGGACUAUGUCCUCACCCGGGAUAUCUGCGUCGAGCGGAAGGCUAUUGGUGAUUUGGUGCAGUCCCUCAACUCAGGCCGUCUCUAUCAUCAGGCACGCCUACUAGUGCGUCACUAUCAGUCUCCUUGUUUGCUGCUGGACUUUGGAGGGUCACCAGUGGACCUUUCUGCUGCUGCUGCUGCUGCUUCACCCAACAGCAGCAGCAACAGCAACAACAGGCAUGGCAGGGACGUGCUGCACCCCAUCUGGGACAAGCUGCUGCUGUUGCUGCUGCACUUCCCGUCGUUACGGCUCCUCUGGGCCCCACAUCCAGCAUUUGCUGCCAGCGUUUUCGUCGCAAUGAAAGUGGGGAGGGAGCAACCAUCCCUCUUAAGGAUAGCGGAGAUAGACCGACUUGUCUUGGCAGGAGAAGGGCCUUCUUCUGAUACCCAGCAGCAGCAGCAGCAGCAGCAGCAGCAGCAACAGCAGCAGCAGCAGCAGCAACAGCAACAACAGCAGCAGCACCCCUCUAAUCCCGCCACGCCUCUAGCUAUAGAGGAUGCUCCUGCAAGUGCAGCAAAGCAAGAAGACAGCAGCAGCAGCAGCAGCAGCAGCAACAGCAGCAGCAGCAGCAGUAGCAGCAUACAAGGCGGCAAGAGCGAAGAAAAGGAGCAGAGCCCGAAGAAGCCUGCAGCAGCAGUUCGUGCUGCAGCAGCUGCUGCUGCUGCUGGAGGCCGUAUGCUGCCAGCAACAGCAGCAACAAAUGCAAUUGCUGUUGAUCUGCUGCGGCGUCUGCCGGGCAUAACUGCACUCAACAUUAACACUGUUGUCUCGCGACAGCAAGUCUUCCAGCAGCAGCAACCCAAACAGGCAGCAGCAGCAGCAGCAACAGCAACAACAGCAGCAGCACCCCUCUAA